AUGGCCCCUAUCAAAGCAUGCGAGUCUGCCAUCAAGGCCUCUUCUAUGCUAGCCAAGGGUCAAAGAACUCUGCAGGAGCUGAAGAACGGCAUUGUUAUCAAGAAAGAGGAGAAAGAAACCAAGGCACAGGCACAGGUUGCAUCGACACUGAACCCGGAUGGGUCAAAGAUGAGUCUCCUCGACCGCAUCCGAUAUAAGCAGCUUCAACAAUCACAGGAGCCUUCUGGCCCCUCGAGAGAGGAGCUGGAGAGACGCGCAGCCCUGCAGAGAGUCGAUGAUAUUGCAGCGGUAAUUUCAAUGCUAUGCAGGGCGACCUCGAUGGGACAGCAGCGCAUUUCCUUCACCAUGUUGACAUUACUGCAGAAGUUGAAGGACUCGCUGCGUCUGCCGAUUUCUCGAGAGGAAGGCACUGCCUGUAUCAGGAUUCUGGCAAAGGAAAUUGCCCCGGAGUGGAUGAGAGUUGUAACAAUCGGAGGUAAGGAGAACGUGGUUGUACAAGUGAAUUUUCAGCCUAGCAAGGCUGUUAUUCAGGAACGUGUCAAGGCUGUUGCCGCAUAA